AAAAAUGGCAGUAGAUCUCCAGUUCCUUAACAAAGUUUUCUUAUUCCUCAUCUCCUAUAUUCUUCUCAGAUCCAUUAGUCUUUUCUUCAGAAAGCCUAAAAAUGUCCCCCCAAGCCCAAAGGGUCUUCCGUUUAUCGGUCAUUUUCAUAUCCUUAAAAGACCGUUAAUGCACAGAACCUUGUUGAAACUCUCCCAAGAAUAUGGAGAUGUGGUUUUGCUGAAACUCGGAGUACGAAAAAUGGUCGUGAUUUCAUCACCUGAGGCAGUAGAAGAAUGCUUCACGAAGAAUAAUGAUAUUGUUUUCGCUAAUCGCGAUGAAACAAUUGCUGGAAAACUGCUGUUUUACGACAACGGUAUAAUUGGUUUAUCUUCCUACGGUGACAACUGGAGAAACUUAAGGCGAAUUGCAGCAAUUGAAAUGUUGAACCAAAAUCGUCUGGCAAUGUUUACGAGCAUCAGGCAAGAAGAAAUCAGUUUGAUGAACAGGGAAAUUUAUGAAGAAUGGGUUGAAUCCGAUGUUAAAAAGCCAGUCAAAGUGAAUUUACGGUCAAAACUUUCUGACCUUACACUCAACAUCAUGAUGAGAAUGAUAGCCGGAAAACGUUACUACGGGAAGAAUGUGGCCCAGAAGGAAGAAGCCAAACAAUUCCAACAAGUUCUCAAAGAGAUGGUGUCGUUUCGUGGAGACCUGAAUUUGGAAGAUUAUUUCCCGAUUUUCCGGUUUACGGAUUUCAGAGGAUUGAAGAAGAAAAUGGUGAUUGUGAUGACCAAGGUAGACCGAUUGCUUCAGAACAUUGUUGAUGAACACAGAAAACGUAAGAUUGAAUCGAAUACAACCCAAAAAAAGACAUUCAUAGAUACUCUGUUGUCGGCCCAAGACACAGAGCCGGAAUUUCUGACUGAUCGGACUAUCAAAGCUCUUACUCUGUCUCUGCUGGGUGCUGGAACAGAAACCACAAGCACUACCUUGGAAUGGGCAAUCUCACUUUUAUUAAACCAUCCAGAAGCAAUGAAGAAAGCAAUCACCGAGAUACAAAAAGUUGUCGGAGAAGAUCGAUUGUUGGAGGAAACCGAUCUUCCAAAGCUGAAUUACCUGGACAAUGUCGUUUCUGAAACAUUAAGAUUAUACCCUGUUCAACCUCUGCUUCUGCCACAUCGAUCAUCAGAAGAUUGUGAAAUUAGUGGGUAUCAUAUACCAAAGGACACGGUGUUGGUAGCCAAUAUGUGGAAGAUUCAGAGGGAUCCUGAAUUAUGGGAUGAACCGGAGAAAUUCAAGCCGGAGAGAUUCGACGGCGGGGCAGGAGGAGAAGGGUUCAGCUUCAAGAUGCUGCCGUUUGGUGUCGGACGGCGAGCUUGUCCGGGAACCAAUUUGGCUAGGCGGGUUAUUGGGUUAACGCUGGGAUCAUUGAUUCAAUCCUUUGAGUUUGAGAAACUUGUUGCGGAGGAGCCGGUGAACAUGACGGAAUCGUCUGGCUUCACCCUGAGUAAAGAAACGCCAUUGGAGGCCUUCUUUUUCUCUCAAACCGAAACCAACAAACAAACAGCAGAACCGUCUUCACCACUCCUCACUCCCAAAGGGAAAACGAAAAACAUGGCCGAAGAAGCUGCCAUGGAUCACCACCAAACCACCUCGCAAGAAGCUACAGUCGAAACGCCAGUGAAAUCGGAAGUGACAUCGGCGGAGGAGACCGACGUCGUUUCCUCCGAGGACAAGAAAACCGCCGGCACCGGCAACGUCUCGUUCAGCAUUUGGCCGCCGACUCAGCGCACUCGCGAUGCUAUAAUCGCCCGCCUCGUCCAAACGCUGUCGUCUACUUCCGUGUUGUCCAAGAGGUACGGCGUCGUUCCUCAGGGCCACGCCGAGGCUGAGGCCAAACGGAUUGAGGACGAGGCCUUCACAGCUGCAAACCCUGCUACCACAUCCGCCGAUGACGACGGGAUCGAGAUUCUGCAGACUUAUUCCAAGGAGAUCUCUCGUCGCAUGAUCGAUUUUGUCAAGAGCAGAUCUGGUUCUGCUGCUCCAGCUGCUGCUGAUGCUGCUCCGGCGUCGAACGAGGAAACUGGACCUGCUGCUGGUGUAAAGGAAGAGGGGAAAGAGGAUGAGGGACCUGCUCAAGAGUGAAUCUCCCGAGGUUAAUAAUAUAGGGCUUUCAGUUCAUAUAUCAGUAAUUUGCCUGUGAGAUACUUUUUAUAUUCUAGGGCUUAGUUUCUGGACUACUUAAUCUCCGUGCUUCAUUCAGGCUUGAAUUUGUAAUUCCAUUACUGGAGAUUUUGGGGUUAUUUGUGCUGCCCCUAUCUACAAUGUUUUUGUAGAUCUAUUGAUGGAUUUUUUCCCGUCAUUUUUUGUUUUUCUUUGGUAAGUUCGCUUUAAUGUCUUUGCAUUUCUUGUUCAUUGCUGCUUGUUUGUGUUUUUGAGGCUCUGUUAUUUGAAGUAGAAAUCUCCUCCCCAUGUGCAUGGAUGAAUUAUUGUUGUUGCUCCAGGGGUGCCUUGGAACUGAUCUAGGAAUUUGAGG